UGUACAACAUUGUCCUGACAAACUGCUCUUCCCACUCUGGGGAUCUAACAAAUACUUUCUCAAUCAGUGAUCCCUUCCCACUGAUCAGGCAUCGGAACUUAUCCAGAAUAUACUGUACGGUGGAAAGGGAUAGAGUAUAUAAACUGUCAAGGACCAUCACUGCAGCUGCAAUGAAGGGACCAUAAAAGAUCUGCAACCAAGCAGACAGCUUGUCAUCCACAUCUGGUUCACAGAGACAGACCGUGAGGCAACUGCAAUCAGAGAGAUCCCUGCAAGGCUGAACCAGAGGCUGUAAGCACCUCAAAUUCACCCCAACCUGCAACAAAUACAAUUUCCUGGCUAAUUUUCCUGUUUGGCGUCCUAACUCAGUGGGGUUGGAGUCUCUCCCUGAGCCUCAGGAUGAGUUGUAUUACCUUAUCUGUGUUGCUCUUAUUGCUGUCAUGUGCCUUGGCCAACAUUAAAGAUAACAACCUUUCCGGAUUUUGUGCUGGACAUCCAGGAAUUCCAGGAACUCCAGGACGUAAUGGGUAUCCAGGGCUGCCGGGGCGGGAUGGGAGAAAUGGGAGGGAUGGAAUGCCUGGAUUACCAGGACAGAAGGGCGAUGCAGGAAUACAAGGUUUGCGUGGGCCAAUUGGGGAGCAAGGAAAUCCAGGGCUACCUGGACCAAUAGGUGAGAAGGGAGUCAAAGGGGACAGUAUAAUUAAUUACAAUUCAGCAUUCAGUGCAAAACGUUCCAAAACUCACACCCUGCCCCAGCUUGAGGAAGCGGUCCAGUUCGAUGUGAUUAUAUACAAUGAUCAAAGGCACUAUGACCCGGAGACAGGAAAAUUCACUUGUGAGAUUCCAGGCCUCUACUAUUUCGUGGUUCAUUCCACCGUUUUCAAAACCAGCCUGCAAUUUGACAUCAUGAAGAACAAUGUUUCCAUGUCGUCUUUCUUCCAGUACUAUGACAAUUGGCCAAAGCCUGUCUCACUGUCAGGUGGAGCUCUCAUGCAUUUGGACGCCAAGGACCAGGUGUGGGUGCAAGUGGCAGUGGGAGAUUACAACGGGAUUUAUUCUAGUGUAAAGACAGACAGCACCUUCACUGGGUUUUUAGUCUAUUCUGACUGGCAAAAUGCUCAAAUCCUGGUUUAAUGUUGUUACUUUUGCUCAUUGCUAUAUCAUGUAUGGAUUGUACUUUGCAUCAAACUGAACUUUAAACGUAUGAUAUUGGUAGAAAGUCAAUACUUCUUUGUGUACAUUGCAUCACCUGUACGGUUACAUCCUGUCCCUGAACUGUAAACCAAAUCCAAUGUCUGUUUAUAAACGAAGUCUAUUUUGUCUUUGCCCA